CUAUGACAUCACCCUUAAGAAAAGGGCCGGAACCCAUCCACAUUAGCUGGCAGUUGCACUCUUUUACCUACCCUUGACAACUUCUGUUUGUGCCUCUUAUUAAAAGUAGCAUUACUGUGACCUAUCUGCACCUUCGACGUGUGGCAAAAUGCAUCUGUGGCUGAAGAUCAAGGACAGCUGUUUAUUCAAGAAGUUGCCCGUGGAAUAUCAUUGGAAUGAGACCAGCAGUACCAGAGGCGCCAUCAAUGACCAGCCCAGCCUUCACGGAUUGCCUAGUGAUGCCACACCUGGAGAAACGAAGGCCUCCAAAUGCUGCAUCCUGCACAACAUGAAGCAAUGCCCCAGCAGGUGGGCUCGGUAUACCCUUGCCCACUCAAUUGGCCGCUGGCUGCUCUACCCAGGCUCCGUGAGCUUCUUGACCAAAGUCCCGCUGACUUUAUUGGUGAAAUGCCGGACUCAUCUCAUGGAGAACUAUAACGGGAGACGGGCAAAGCUGAUCACUUGUGAUGGGAAUGAAAUCGACACCAUGUUUGUGGACAGGAGGAAGGAGGGAUCUUGGAGGGAACAAGAGAGCCAGUUGGUGAUCUGCUGUGAAGGGAAUGGCAGCUUCUAUGAAAUGGGUUGCUUUUACACCCCACUGAAGGCUGGAUAUUCUGUCCUGGGGUGGAACCGCCCUGGUUUUGCCAGGAGUACAGGGAAACCCUCUCCACAGAAAGACAUCAACGCCAUGGAUGUCGUCAUCCAGUACGCCAUCCAUCACCUAAAGUUUGGCCUGCCGGCCAUAGCUGUCUAUGGCUAUUCCUUAGGCAGCUACACAGCUUCGUGGGCUGCAAUGACUUAUCCAGAGCUGGGCGCUUUGGUUCUAGAUGCCUCCUUCGACAGCUUGCUCCCCUUGGCCGUGAAGAUGACUGGUAAGAGCUGUAGGAAGCUCGUGGUCCAGAUGGUCAAGGAGCACUUCGACCUCAAUGUGGCUGAAUUGAUGUGCCAAUACCCAGGGCCGGUACUGCUGAUCCGGAGGACCCUUGAUGAGAUCACCAGCACCCAGAACAACCUUCCCGCCAUCAGGACAAACCGAGCCAAUGAGUUGCUCCUGCAGCUCUUGAAGUGCCGCUAUCCCGACAUCAUCUGUGGGGAAGAAGAUGCUGUGCGCCUCUGGCUCAUGGCUGACUGCCCUCAGGUGGAAACCCUUAUCUAUAGAUACUACUACAAGGUGGAUGAACACUGGUGUAUCCGCCAGCUCCAGAGCUACAGAUCCAGCCUUGAACCCAACUGCAACUUCCCAUGGAGAGUUGGGAGAAACCUCUCUCCUAUCAGGAGGAAGCAACUCGCUGUGUUUUUGGCCAGUAAGCACCUGAAGAACGUGGAGACCACGCACGGAAGAACAUUGCCAUCUCAGGAAUUUGAGAUGCCUUGGAUGCUCUAGCUGGGUUGGGAGCAGUCAUGCGAUUCCAGAGAAAGACAGACAGAGAGCUACAAGCUAGGAUUCACCAUUGUGUUUUCGUGUGUGUGAUUGUGAGGCUCUGAAGGUCCCUUCCCAGUGACUCUUAAGCUGGGCAGAAAUAAAUGUUUAAAGAUGA